UCGUCUUCCUCCUCUCCUCCUCUCGCUCCGCUCUCUCUCCUGCCCAAGCAAUGGCCGCCCCCCUCAUUCUCUUCUUCCUGCAGGUGACGACCUCCUCCUCGCACUCUCUGCUGCCGUGCUAGCCGCCGCCCGGCACGCGGGCCACUGCCGUCGCCAUACUCUCGCUCCCUCCGCCGCAUACGCCAACGAGGAGGCCGGGACCGCCGGAUCCGGUGACUCCGGCCUCCUCGCCGGCAGAUCCGGCCCCUCUGAGGCGAGGGGGAGCCGGCAGCCGCCCCUCUCUCCCUCUCCCUCUCCCUCUCCCUCUCCAUCCUCUUCAUUUCCGGAUCGGUGGACGCCGGCGAUUAGGCGGCUUAGGGCUCAUGGUAACAAAAAGGGAAUACAUGUAAUGCACUUGGUAACAGUCGCCGCCGCCGCCAUCGAAGAGGGCCAAGACGGCGGCCGGUAUCGCCACCCCACAGAAGAUGGGGAAGGCGGCGGCUGCGUUGGCCGACCAGUUCUUGACGCCGGAGAAGCCGACGCGGAAGGUUGCAGCGGCGGCAGGGCACAUCUGGACGCCGGAUAGGCCGGAGCAGCCGUCGGCGGCGGUGCGGAAGGCGCAUGGCAGCAGCGGCGGCGUGGUGUUCUCUGUCAAGGGGGGUCCGGCGGGCGGCGCUCGAGCUGCGGCAGUGGUCGGAGAGGGGGGCGGCGUCGCUGGCGCCAGAUGAGGACGAGCUCGAGGCCGUGGAACGGCAGCUCGAUGUUGGUCCCACAUCCGUCCGGAGCCCCGUCAAGCGCAAGGCCAAGCUGCCGGAGAGCUACGAGAUGCUCUGCGAGUUCUUCAAUUGCUUCGAGAGUUCCACCCAGUUGCUUCGUAUGAAGGGAUCCAAGGCAUCCUUCCCCAACAUUUGUGCUACCACCCAGCAUUUGUCUGAACGAUGGUGUAGAAAGCUUGACUGGAGUAUUUGUAUUUGCUGCAACAAGGUUAGCUCUCAAAGCAUAAGAAGAUGUAGUUGGUGCAGCAUGCCAAACAAUUUUAAAUGGACUGCAAUGACCAGUCGCAAAUCGUCAAGAAAUAGUUAGCAUGGAAUGAAAUGCUAUGAAGACUGAAUUUUUACUGUAAGCCACAAUCAAUUGAUGUUGCACUCUUGUGGCCUGGAAGAUUUGUCUUAUGUGAUUUUCCUGGAUGGCAUGAGUGUUUGGAAAUUCUGGAGGUUCACUCUAGAGAGGUUUCAUUGGCAAGUGAUGCCAGUCUGGAAGACGUUGCUUCUUUGACUGAAAGAUUUACAGUUUUACCUGGUUGGUUUACAAUUCAUCAGUACGCACUGUGAGACAACCUCUGAAGAAUUUGAAGGACAGGUAAAACUAGAAACAUUUUUUAGUUGUUUUUUCUUUAAAUAUUUGUCGAUAUAUGCACUAAUUGGAUGUUUCCUCAGUGGGCCACUCACUACGUACAAUGGUGAUGCUUUGCCUCAUUUAUGCUUAGUGGUACAUUAUGUCAAUCUGUUUUGUGCAUAGCGAGGGAGUGGAAGUAAGCUUACCAACCAACAUUUCCCUCCUCCUAGGCUUAACCUACCUCAAAGACUAGGUUUGCCCAUUGGUGCAAGCUGACCACCACUGCUAGGACAUAAUACGGUUUGCUUAGUUACUCUAUCUCUUACCUUCCCUGUUUUUGCACAUAUGGUAAAAUUUCUUGCAGUUCCUAUACAAUCCGCAUGUUUAUCCCUGCUCACGUAUACCAAUGAUGCAUGUUUAUUCAUGUAUACAUGGAAGUUAUAGAUUGGUGCAAGUGAUUCAAUUAAGUUGCUUUUCUGUUUGUUGAUUUAUGAGAUAGAACUCCAGCAUUGUUCAUCAAUUGAUAUGUUUAUCAGGCAUCAAUUAAUAUGUUUCAAUUGGUAGCUUAAACCGGAGAAGACUCCAGCUAGAUCAUAGGCUUAUGAUUCCUCAGACUAACCAUUGUUCAAUUUCAUAUUUCUACUACUGUAAAAGCAAACGCUAAAUUUAAUCAUGUUUAUUAGAUUAGAUAAAACAUGUUAAUGUAUGCGCAAGAGGUUCAGAACAGCACUAGCACAUUCCCUUCUAUCCAACGUUCACCCCUAGUCAUAUAAAAUCCUAUAAACCUCACGUCGGUACUGUUCACUAUUCAUUCGCCCACGCGGCCACGUCGCCCCAACAAUCAGCACCGUCCGAUCUCCUGCCCAGCCACGCGCUUGCAUCGUAUCGGGCCAGGCCGAUUGAGCCCACCACCCAGUCACUCACGACAGGAAGAGGAGGACCAGCCACGAACCUGCCGAUUCCCCAUUCUCUCGAGUCUUGACCGCGUCGUCACCUACGACGCCGCCGCCGUUCCCCUUUUGUCUCGAGCUCGGCCACGCAGCUCCCGUUGCUCGCCGUCGUCGCUUCCCGGCGAGGCCAUCCACGGCCGCCGUCGCUUCUCCCCGGAGACCACCACCGUCUUUCCACCCCCGCGCGGCACCCCGUCUCACCCUCUCCCUCUAGGGUUUUCUCGGCCUCGAAUCGCUCUGUAAGCCCCUCGGCGACUUCUCUGGUUGUUUUGCUUGGAUCUCCAGCUCACGGGAGCGCUGCUUUGAUUGAAUCGCCCCCAGUGCGUCCCUCCUCACACCACGGCACCUUCGCCUGCAGUGCACAAGGCCGACCUGCUCAGGCGCGCUACCCAGGCGACCAUGCCUAUGCCCCUGUGCUUGUAUUAUCUCCACCAAGGAGGCCGUUGCAUCCCAGAUCUCCCUAUCGGCCAGGCUCGGGAGGAUGCUACAUCGAGCCAUGACGGCUGCAAUACUUCUAGGCCUUGAAAAGAGGAUUUGGACCACCGGUGGUUCUGACCAAGAUUUAGCGGUAUGUGUUUUUCUAUAUGUUUUCUUCCGUGUAGUGUCUAUUCCCUUUCCCCUGUUCUGAUGAUUACUUGCUCAAGCUGUUUGAUUAUUGUCAGUGGCGAAGCCACCGUAGGGGCCAGGGAGGGCCAACACCCCCCUAACCUCUAUGUGACCUCCCCUCCCCUCUCUUCUCCCAAGGAUGAUUAGCACUUAUAAUCUAGCUAUUAAUUAUAUCAUUAGUUGCAGAUGAGACUAACUAUAUAGGACAGGACAACUGCCUAGCUAUAUAUAUAUAGGACUUAUGAAAUGACUUAGCUAAAUGAUUUAUCAUUUUAGAAGUGAUUGCAAGACUCCAAUUAAUGAAACAAACUGUUCAAUCAUCCAUAUAUUAAAAAUAUUACUGAAUUUUAAAUUGGCAAAUCAUGAUAUAUGGGUUCUUGUUCUCUCUUGUAGCUAAUCGCUAUAAUAUGUAUGAUAUCGAGUUACCGAUCAUACAUCAACGCUACAAAAUCACUGUUCACUAAACCUUAAGUGAGUUGCCAUGUCUCGUAGAUGGCACCCUCCAUCUCUAAAUCUUGGCUUCGCCACUGAUUAUUGUUGCAGCAGUUACACCUAUUAGACAUGCAUUCAGUUGAUGAGCAUUGACCACCCAACCAAGGUACCAAUCAGUUUUCGUCCAAAACAUAUGUUUAUUCUCAUUCAUCGAUCUGCGAUGCCAAAUCUAUGCUUCGAUCUUUUAAUUUGCUACAGCUUUCCCUGCUUCUCUAAUCAGUAGCAUUACAGAUUUGUCUCUGUGAGACUGUGACUGCUUAUUGUACUUUCAGAUUGCUUUACAGUGCAUGCACAAGUUGUUGCCUAUUUUAAUACCAACCAACCAAUAUAUAGCUGUUCCCAACAAACAUGAACAUUUCAGCUUUCAGUAUAUGAUCUUCAGGAAUGAAUUGACCGUUAUCUGGCUUGCAACCGUUCCAUGGUGCAAAUCAAUCAGUUUGGAUAUGGAACACGCAUUGUACGGGUUGCUGCUUAUAGAUAAAAAUGUCACACAUCAUUAUGUGAAACUGGACCAUCUCCAGAUGCAUUAGUGAUCAACCUACAAGUUGCUUUCAUCUUUUAGGGACGGAGGUAGCAAGUUCAACGAAGGUACCUGCAUUGCUCUAACUUCUUAGGUGGCAAAGAAAGAGGGGUUGUCUGUGAUUCUGCCCAGCCACUUUGGUUUGGAAGAAAGAAAUUGGUGACUGAAUCAAUGAAGCUGCUAGUGGCAACGUUGCCUGUAUAGAAGGAUAUAAAUUAACAGCGCGCCUUUUGGCGCGCUGAUUUUCUAGUCGAAAAGUUAAACCGGGGUAUAAGUGUAGCACCUUCGCUCCACUCAAAGAAAAUGUAAGCCGAAGACUUGAGAAGCUUCCAGAAUCCAGAGAUCGCAGCAGAAAAGGAGCGAACAAGGCAAACCUCUCAAAGGAAAAAAGAAAAAUAAUAAAGGAGGAAACCUGUCAAACACCACCCUAUGACAAGUGGGUCCCACUCGAACCAACCGUACGGCCCCCCCACCCAAACCCGCUCCCCCCUCGCUCCGAAAAUAUCCACCUCUCUAGAUCUUUCUCGUCGCAAACGCCCUUCCGCCCCCGCCUCGCCGCGCCCAUUCCACCACCUUUCCGAACCUUCCACUCCCUUCCAGACUCCACCCCCACGUCACCCCUAUUUAAACCCCUCCUCCCACCGAGCAAUCAAGCGACAAGAUCGAGAAGCCACAAACCCCAGCGCGAUCCGAGGUAGAAGAAGAAGAAGAAGAAGAAGAAGAAGAGGCGAUCGAGAGAUGGAGAGCGCCAUGUUCGGGCUGGAGACGCCGCUGAUGACGGCGCUGCAGCACCUGCUCGACAUCCCCGACGGCGAGGGCGGCGCCGCCGGGAAGCAGGGCGCGACCGGUGGCCCGACGCGUGCGUACGUGCGCGACGCCCGCGCCAUGGCGGCGACCCCCGCCGACGUGAAGGAUCUGCCCGGGGCGUACGCGUUCGUGGUGGACAUGCCUGGGCUCAAGUCCUCCGACAUCAAGGUGCAGGUGGAGGAGGAGAGGCUGCUGGUGAUCAGCGGGGAGCGGCGGCGCGGCGGCGGGGAGGAGGAGAAGGAGGAGUCGUGCAAGUACCUGCGGAUGGAGCGGCGGAUGGGCAAGUUCAUGCGCAAGUUCGUGCUCCCCGACAACGCCGACGUCGACAAGAUCUCCGCCGUGUGCCAGGACGGCGUGCUCACCGUCACCGUCGAGAAGCUCCCGCCGCCGGAGCCCAAGAAGCCCAAGACCAUCGAGGUCAAGGUCGCGUGAUGAGAUUCCGCAUCUCUCUGCAUCUGCGUCGCUGCGUGGAUCAAAGAAUCGAAGCUUGAGUUGAGUGAGUUGUGACUAGUAGUAUGAGUAGAGUGUUCAUCUUUAUCGUUUGCUACGUGAGAAUGUGAGGACAUGGUGGUCUGUAUGCCGUAUGCGAUGUGAUGAUGAUGGAUGGUUUGAUGUUUGGUAAUGGAAAUGGGGAUGUUCUGCUGCUUAUCUGAAUAAAUAUACUCUGCAUCUUUUGAAA